AUGUCCAUUAGCCCAUUCUUAUCUUCAACCCAUACGAUGGAUCCUGCGAAGGUGAAUUACGGUGAUGAAUGUCAGGUUUCUCCAGCUUUGAAAACAAUGAUAUGGGCAAAUACACAUUGUCAGAGCCUGAUAGAUUCAAAAACAACCCGUUUGUCAACUUCAAUUUCGACCAGCACGGAAACCAUAAUCAAUCACACGAUACCAAAGAAGAAUGGUGCUAAAAGCAAACAAAGGAAACCAAAGUCAGAUAAUAUCACGCCAUCAUCCUCUAAGCAAAGUAAGAUGAUCUCUAUCGAUGAUUGGAAAACUCAAGACAAGGGUUCCAGCGAAUCAAAGUCAAGGCAAAAAAAGAGACCGAACAGUCCAUCGAACAAUGUCAUCGAGUCUCUUGACGAGGAGGGAGACAUUGGCGCCGUGUUUGAAAACACGGAUCCGCAAGGAUUUAUUUCACAAUACGAAAGCCCGGAUAUAUCGAAACUGAAAGAACGAUUUAACUUUGCUUCAUUUGACUGUGGGGCUAUCGUGCUAAAGACCAACAAAGAAGCAAAGGGGGCCACCGCAAUUCUUUCCGAGAGUAAGGAUACAUAUGUCCUUAACAAGUGCUCCGCCACAAAGUUUGUUGAAUUGGAAUUAUGUGAGGACAUUUUGAUUGAAUAUGUGGCUUUAGCAAAUUUCGAAUUUUUUUCCUCUACAUUUAAGGACUUUCGAAUUUCGAUUAGUAGCUGGUAUCCUCCUAAGGAAGGUUGGAAAUUGUUGGGUCAAUAUAAGGCAAAAAAUUCAAGAGAAAUUCAGGUAUUUCCUAUUAAGAAUCCAAUAAUGUUUGCGAGGUAUCUGCGCAUUGACUUUGAUUCGCAUUAUGGUCAUCAACAUUAUUGUCCCGUGAGCUUAUUCCGA